AUGGUUGGUUUACCUGCUAGAGGUAAAACUUAUAUUUCACAAAAAGUAUGUAGAUAUCUUACAUGGUUAGGCAUAAAGACUAAAGUAUUCAAUGUUGGUAAUUAUCGACGUCAUUUACAUGGAGUUCAUUUACCCCAUACUUUCUUUGAUCCUCAUAAUUCAGUGGGAGAACAACAUCGUCGAGAAGCAGCAGCAGCAGCUCUUAAAGACAUGAUUUCUUGGUUUAAUGAAGAGCAAGGCAUUGUUGCUAUCUAUGAUGCCACAAAUAGUACAAAAGCAAGGCGAGCAUGGCUACGUGAGAGAUUAGGAAAAGAAGAUAUUCAAGUCUUAUUUAUUGAAUCUAUAUGUCAAGAUGAGUCACUAAUUUUAGCCAAUAUUAAGGAAGUUAAACUAUCUUCUCCUGAUUACGUAAACAUGGAUCCUGAUGAAGCAGCUAUUGAUUUUAUAGCACGUAUAGAUCAUUAUCAGGAGCAAUACGAAACGAUUACAGAACAAGAUUUAACAUAUAUCAAGCUAAUUAAUGUGGGUAGUCAGAAUAUUAUUAAUCAAAUUCAAGGCUACUUGGAAUCAAGAAUUGUUUAUUAUCUAAUGAAUCUUCAUAUAGCACCAAGAAAGAUUUAUUUUAGUCGACAUGGUGAGUCAGGAUAUAAUCUUUUGGGUAAAAUAGGUGGAGAUUCAAGCUUAUCAAAAAGAGGAAGAUUAUAUGCUAGAAAACUACCCGAUUUGAUCAAGACUCAUUUAGGUGAGGAGCAAAAGUUAACUGUUUGGACUUCUACUAUGAAAAGAACAAUUGAAACAGGUGAAUUACUAAAUUAUCCAAAACUACAAUGGAAAGCGUUAGAUGAAUUAGAUGCUGGAGUAUGUGAUGGUAUGACUUAUGAAGAAAUAGAGCAACAAUAUCCUGAAGAUUUUGCAAACCGUGAUGAAGAUAAAUUUAAUUAUAGAUAUAGAGGUGGAGAGUCUUAUGCUGAUGUUGUGCUUCGGUUAGAACCAAUUAUAAUGGAAUUAGAAAGGCAUGAAAACAUUCUCAUUAUUGGUCAUCAAGCUAUUUUGAGAUGCAUUUAUGCUUACUUUAUGAAUUAUAAGCAUGAAGAUUUACCUUAUAUUAAGAUUCCACUUCAUACUAUUAUUGAAUUGACCCCUAAAGCAUAUGGCUGCGAAGAAAAGAGGUUUAAAGUUGAUAUCGAUGCAGUAGAUACACAUAGACCAAAAAUGAAACGUUCGAGUUCUGUACGUGGAUUACAGUUGCCAGCAGUUGGAUCAAGUGGUGAAAUAGUCAGAGAACCAAUGAGCCCUAUUAUUCCUAUCAGUCCAAAAUUAUUUCCAAAGUCAAAUAAUUCUACUCCAACUAAUACUACCCUAUCAAAGACACCAUUAACGAAAAUUGAUUUAGGAGAUGCCUAUUUCUAG